GAAGCCGUGUUUUGCCGCAACGUGGAGUUGUUUACUAUUCCUCGUAGCCUUCUGGAGUUAAAACAUAGAUGUAGACGUUUUAACAUACAUCCACUUGUUUGAAAUCGGACCGUUUGCCAAAAGGAAGAAAUGGGGAAGCCAAAGAAAAAGAGUGACCUCAGCCGAGCUGAGCUGAUGAUGAUGACCAUUGCUGAUGUCAUCAAGCAGCUGGUUGAAGCCCAUGAGGAAGGCAAAGACAUCAAUCUGAACAAAGUGAAGACUAAGACAUCAGCCAAAUAUGGACUUGAAGCCCAGCCUCGACUCGUGGAUAUCAUUGCUGCUGUUCCACCACAGUACCGCCGUGCUCUAGUGCCCAAACUCAAGGCCAAACCUAUUCGCACCGCCAGUGGAAUUGCAGUUGUGGCUGUAAUGUGCAAGCCACAUCGAUGCCCUCACAUCAGCUUUACAGGCAACAUCUGUGUCUACUGUCCUGGUGGACCAGACUCUGACUUUGAGUACUCCACACAGUCCUACACAGGCUAUGAGCCAACGUCCAUGAGAGCCAUCCGAGCUCGCUAUGACCCCUACCUUCAGACCAGGCAUCGAGUGGAGCAGCUGAAGCAGUUGGGUCACAGUGUGGACAAGGUGGAGUUCAUCGUGAUGGGCGGGACCUUCAUGGCUCUGGCGGAGGAGUACCGAGAUUACUUCAUCAGAAACCUCCACGACGCCCUGUCGGGACACACCUCCAACAACGUGGCCGAGGCCGUCAGGUAUUCGGAGCGCAGUAACACCAAGUGCGUGGGCAUCACUAUAGAGACGCGGCCCGACUAUUGCCUGAAGCGACACCUCAGCGACAUGCUGGGCUACGGCUGCACCCGGCUGGAAAUAGGAGUCCAGAGUGUUUAUGAAGACGUGGCCCGCGACACCAACAGAGGCCACACGGUGCGAGCUGUCUGCGAGUCUUUCCACCUGGCGAAGGACGCCGGCUUCAAGGUGGUCGCCCACAUGAUGCCAGACCUGCCGAACGUGGGCAUGGAGAGGGAUGUGGAGCAGUUUAUCGAGUUUUUUGAGAAUCCAGCGUUCAGGCCCGACGGUUUGAAGCUGUACCCGACGCUGGUGAUCCGAGGCACGGGUCUGUACGAGCUGUGGAAGACGGGCCGCUACAAGAGCUACACGCCGAGCGCUCUGGUGGACCUGGUGGCCCGGAUUCUGGCGCUGGUGCCACCCUGGACACGAGUGUACCGGGUGCAGAGGGAUAUCCCCAUGCCGCUGGUGAGCUCCGGAGUGGAGCACGGCAACCUGCGAGAGCUGGCACUGGCCAGGAUGAAGGACAUGGGCACUGAGUGUCGAGAUGUGAGAACCCGAGAAGUGGGCAUUCAGGAGAUCCACCACAAAGUCAGACCUUACCAGGUGGAGCUGGUGAGGAGGGACUACGUGGCAAACGGCGGCUGGGAGACCUUCCUCUCCUACGAGGAUCCGGAGCAGGACAUCCUCAUCGGCCUGCUUCGGCUGCGUCGCUGCUCUCCGCAGUCUUUCCGUCCGGAGCUCAAAGGAGGAGUCUCCAUCGUCCGAGAGCUGCACGUCUACGGCAGCGUCGUCCCCGUGAGCAGCCGAGACCCCAGCAAGUUCCAGCAUCAGGGUUUUGGUAUGAUGCUGAUGGAGGAGGCGGAGAGAAUCGCCAGAGACGAACAUGGCUCCGGCAAACUGGCCGUAAUCUCAGGUGUAGGAACCAGGAACUACUACAGGAAGAUGGGCUACGAGCUGGAGGGACCGUACAUGGUGAAGGACCUGUAUGGUCCAGGAAUGGACUGAACCCAACCACGUUUUUUUUAUCAGGACGCUGCACUCAGAUUUACAUACGCUCACAAACUACUUUAUUUAUCAGAACAAUAUUCCAGGGACGUGCUUCUGCAGUAUUUGUAGUGAAACUGUAGAUAAUGGUUCUUCUCACAGAAUAUGCCGCUCCCUUUUUUUUUUUAUCUAGAACACACCAGGCAAAGCUGCUGCGUUUCUUCGAUAAGGAGAAAGCGAGAGGACGUAAGGAAUUUGAGUUCAAUUUAAGAUGCAAACACUCUCUACAUGUACGGUCUCUGCAAAAGCAUGUGAAAUCAUACAUGUGAGUUUGCUCCUCUUCCUGAGGAAAAGCGCCUCGAUAAUGAACUCUGUCAAAAAGCAGCGCUGGUUCCGUUCGACUUGAAGGCCGUUUUAAAUUCAAAUGUUACACAUGUCUGGGGAAGAAACAUCGAAAGGUGUCCCUUAAAUAAAUGUCGUCUGGGAAGAGAGACCUGCUUAGCAUCAUGGUUUGAGUUAAUCAUGUUUAUGUUGCAAUUAAAUAGGAAACCCAUUACGAGUCAAGCGUUCAUUAACGCUUGGCAGUGGAUGAAUGAACAGUGGGAAGUGUCCUCACUGGGCAGCCGUUGUAUAAUUGCGCAAUUUUGAUUUAUAGGGCAGGAAAUUGAAUAUUAGUGUUACAUAAAUUGCUUUUUAAAGCCCCUCAGUUAAUCCUGUUUCUUGUUUUUCUGUCAUGCAUUCUUGGGUUUCUGGUAAAAUCCAGAGGUUUGAUCGUUUCUUUCCUCAAAGAAUAAAGUAUAUUUCAGCUACUGUGAUGUGAAA